CAGUGUUGACUCGUUUCUUGUAAUCUUUGGCUGGCAAUGGCUCGAGUCUCAUGAACCCCGAGUAUGCAACUGAGCCUAUAAACAACUUUCCUUAUUCCAUGUGAGUUUCGUCUGCUUCGCUUCAUCGUUUCCUACACGGUGUGUUCCUCGCCUCACAACCAACAACAACAUAUACGGUGGUAUUGAUCACUGCACUGCACAACGUGCCUAUAGGUGUUUGACGGGUGGUGCGCAACGCGCCUCAGGACCUCUUGUAGGUAUAGCGCUAUGAACAGCAACAAUGGCCACUAUGGAUAUAUCAGCAAUGAGCGAACAGAUCCAAGCAGAAGUACAAGUUAAGCAAUUUCGGGAUUUCCUUGUACAAUACAACAAACUUAGUGAAAAUUGUUUUAAUGACUGUGUCUGGGACUUCACGUCUCGAAAUAUUAGAGGUUCCGAAGACAACUGCGUCCAAAAUUGUGUUGAAAAGUAUACAAAGGUAACUCAGCGUAUAUCAGAGAGGUUCCAGGAACUGCAAAUGUUAAUGAAUGAAAAUGCAUUAGCAGCAACACAAAAACUGGGAAAGCUACCUGGUGUAUAGAAUUAAUUUUAUUAUAGAUAUUUAUCUUCAAUUGAUUUUUUAGCUUUUAUAUUGCAUUUUUUUCCAAUAGUGAAAGCUUUAGAAACGGGACAUGAUCUCUUAAACAGAUGGGAAGCAAGAGGAGUGUAGUUCUGUAGCUACACAGAUACUGUACUUUAUAUCAAAAGUAAGUUUUGAGAAUUAACUCUAUAUUGUAGUUGAAAGUCCAAUUAGCUAUAUUUGUAAAUACACCAUGCCAAAUACCGUAGAUGGAAUUAAUAGUUUGUUAUUGAAAAUUAUCUGGCAUUUUAUUAGUACUGAAAAUGGAAGGUAUGAAGGAAAAAUUAACUUUGGCACACUUGCAGAUAAAGAUUGGGCCAAGACAAAUACUACCAUGUAAUGAAUGCAUUGAUAUGCACAGUAUUAAAUAUACAAUGGCUGAUGCUUCAGCACUUUUAAAUUAAAUUUUUUCUACAAUCAAUUUUUUUUUUAAUUUUUGUCCAUAUUCCUAUGUAUGUAUAUUGUGGCAUAAGUGUAAAUAAACAGGCAUCUACAGAAA